AUUAAAAAUGGCAGGAGCAGCGGAUAGAAUGCAGAAGCUGCCUAAGAUAAAAGAUGAGGAGAAGGAAUCUAGGUUUGGGUAUGUGUAUGCUGUGUCCGGACCUGUAGUAACAGCCGAGCAUAUGUCUGGGGCAGCUAUGUACGAGCUGGUCAGAGUAGGCUAUAGCGAGUUGGUCGGGGAGAUUAUUAGGCUAGAGGGGGACUUUGCUACUAUCCAGGNAAAGGGUAUAAAUACACCAAGCUUGAGUAUCACUGAGCAGUGGGAUUUCCAGCCUGGAAAACUCAGAAUAGGUUCUCAUAUUACUGGCGGAGAUGUAUACGCUGUUGUUCAGGAGAAUAAUCUGAUCAAACAUCACAUGAUGUUGCCCCCCAAGGCAAGGGGGACAGUCACCUACCUUGCACCCCCUGGUAACUACACUAUUAAAGAUGUUGUACUGGAGACAGAGUUCGAUGGAGUAAAAUCUCAGCAUACACUUGUACAGGUCUGGCCAGUCAGACAGCCCAGACCAGUCACAGAGAAACUUCCAGCUAACCAUCCUCUGCUCACAGGACAGAGAGUUCUAGACGGUCUAUUCCCAGCAGUACAGGGAGGUACAACAGCUAUCCCCGGAGCUUUCGGUUGCGGUAAAACCGUAAUCUCCCAAUCCCUCUCCAAGUACUCCAACUCUGACGUCAUCAUCUAUGUCGGGUGUGGAGAACGUGGAAAUGAGAUGAGUGAAGUACUCCAGGAUUUCCCCCAGCUCACCGUGGAGAUCGGAGGGAAGACUGAGAGCAUUAUGAGGAGGACAACCCUGGUCGCCAACACCAGUAAUAUGCCGGUAGCGGCCAGGGAAGCCAGUAUCUAUACUGGUAUUACACUCUCAGAGUACUUCAGGGAUAUGGGAUAUAAUGUGAGUAUGAUGGCUGAUAGUACCAGUAGAUGGGCCGAGGCACUCAGAGAAAUCUCAGGUCGGUUGGCUGAGAUGCCAGCUGACUCUGGUUACCCUGCCUACCUGGGAGCCAGGCUGGCCAGCUUCUACGAGAGAGCGGGCAGGGUCAAAUGUCUAGGUAACCCUGAGAGAGAGGGUAGUGUAAGUAUUGUCGGGGCUGUUUCUCCUCCGGGCGGAGAUUUCUCCGAUCCUGUAACCUCCGCCACUCUGGGUAUUGUACAGGUGUUCUGGGGUCUGGACAAGAAGUUGGCUCAGAGGAAACAUUUCCCUUCUGUGAAUUGGUUGAUCUCUUACAGCAAGUACAUGAGGGCCCUGGACGACUACUAUGAGAAGAACUUCCCGGAGUUUGUCUCUCUCAGGAUGAAGGUGAAGGAGAUCCUGCAGGAGGAGGAGGAUCUCUCUGAGAUCGUCCAACUGGUCGGAAAAGCCUCCCUGGCCGAGUCCGACAAGAUCACCCUAGAGGUUGCUAAACUUUUGAAGGAUGAUUUCCUCCAACAGAAUGGUUACUCCUCAUAUGAUAGGUACUGUCCCUUCUAUAAAACUGUUGGCAUGCUGAGAAACAUGAUUGCGUUCUACGACCUUGCCAGGCACGGGGUGGAGACGACGGCACAGUCCGACAACAAGAUCACCUGGUCCGUCAUCAGGGAGGCAAUGUCAGACAUCAUGUAUCAGCUUGCCAGUAUGAAAUUCAAGGACCCAGUGAAGGACGGAGAGGCAAAGAUCAAGGCCGACUACGAGGAGCUCUACGAGAACAUGCAAACUGCUUUUAGAAACCUCGAGGAUUAAGCAGCAUCUGGUCCUAAGUUCAAAGUCCUGAAGGAUGAGCUUCUGAAAUCCGCGAAGCAGAUUAAUGGAAAUCCGGAGGAAUCCAUAAAUUAUUUAAUUAUGAUCGACCAGCUCUGGUCUUCAUAUACUUCUUGUUACAUGUGGAAUAAAUAUUAAUUAUUUUCGGUUUUUAAUAAGAGAAAUUUUUAAAAUCUUUUUUUUUCGGCUCAAUGUAUAAUGAGUACUUAUAUACCCUUAAGUGGAUAUGUAAACUAUUAAGUCUGGUGAUUUUUGAUCUGAAAUUUUAAAUAUUUUGUUGGGCAUAGAUUUGAUAUUUAUCAUGAAAUUUUUUAUCUUAUUUAUUCUACAUUUUAAAAUUGUGAUUCUUUACAUGCAUUUGUUAUGCAACAACCAAUAGCUUGCUUGUGAUUUAUUUAAAGUAGUGAUUUAUUUAUAUUUUCAACCAAAUUGUAAAUUUUAUGAGAUCUGAUUCUUGAGUCCAGUCUAGUUUUACUAGUCUCCAUGUUGAAUGAAUGUUUAAAGGGACUGUUUGCUGAUUUCAG